UUUAUGACAUCACAUACGGUUUUCUAGAGACUGCAUAUAUGUAGUUUCAUGUGUUUAUUUUGACGCUUGACUAACGUUACUAACUAGCGAUACAUGUAGCUAGCCAGCUAUUUAGCUAGCAUUCAUGAUGACGGUAGCUAACUAGCAUCCAUAGCAAUCCAAAUUAAGCCGAAGACAGUAGCUAGCAAGCUUCAUCUUUCUCUUUCAGGCAGCUCCCUGUGCACCGCAUAUUGUCAUUCUCUGCCAAUGGGCUGACAGCUGGUUGCUGAGAUGUUGCUGAAAGACAUUCCCCAGGAGGUGUUGAUGCGCCCUCUUUCCCGAAAUGAAGUAGUGGGAAUGAUCGUGAGACUGACCAUCUUUGGAGCUGCCACCUACUACGGCAUCAAAUGGGUGGUGGAGGCAAUGGACCCUACACAUAAACAGAAGAUCCAGGCCAAGAAAAGGGCAGAGCAGCUGAUGAAGCAGAUUGGAGUGGAGGGUGUCAAACUCACUGAAUAUGAGAUGAACAUUGCUUCUCACCUGGUAGAUCCACGCAGCAUGAGGGUGUCCUGGAGGGAUAUUGCAGGGCUUGAUGAGGUCAUUUAUGAGCUGCAGGACACUGUUAUCCUUCCCUUCCAGAAGAGACACCUACUGGCUGGAUCCAAACUCUUUCAGCCUCCCAAAGGGGUGUUGUUGUAUGGGCCUCCUGGGUGUGGGAAGACUCUUAUUGCCAAGGCAACCGCCAAAGCCUCAGGAUGCCAGUUCAUCAACCUGCAGCCCUCCACUCUGACGGACAAGUGGUACGGCGAAUCACAGAAGCUCACCGCUGCGGUCUUCUCGUUGGCUGUCAAGAUCCAGCCAUGUAUCAUUUUCAUAGAUGAAAUUGACUCCUUCCUGAGGAAUCGCUCCAGUCUGGACCAUGAGGCCACAGCCAUGAUGAAGGCCCAGUUUAUGAGCUUGUGGGACGGGCUGGAGACUGGGGCAAGCAGCCAGGUGAUGGUGAUGGGGGCCACCAAUAGACCACAGGAUCUGGACCCAGCCAUACUGCGCAGAAUGCCCACCACCUUUCACGUGGGCCUACCAACUACAAGACAGAGGACAGAGAUACUGAAGUUGAUCCUGGCAGGAGAAAAUCUAAGCAAUGCCAUUAAUCUGAAGGAGAUAGCAGAGAAGUCGGAGGGUUCAUCAGGCAGUGACCUCAGGGAGCUGUGUCGCGAUGCUGCCAUGUACCGUGUUAGAGACUACGUCCGCAAGCAGCAGAUGAAACAGAUAGCCCAGCAAAUGCAGGAGGAGGACGAGGAAGACAAAGCAGGGGUGGAGGAUCGUCUGCGGCCCAUCACCCAGCUGGACCUGCUGUUCGGCCUGGACAAGAUGAAGGAGUCCAAAAAGGCCACCAUGCCCCAGGAACUCAUACCCCGAGAGGUGCCUCUGGACUAAACCUUUCUUUCAGACACCCUUUACAAAUGCAUUGUUACUGACCAGUGGUCGACCCAAGUGUUUAUCCCCCCCAUACACACACACACACAUCUCCCAGUCCUAGCACAGUGGUCCAAAGCAGUCUGAGAGAGAUGUCCCUGGACCACAAUCUCUCUGUACCCCUUCUCUUAUCCCACACCAAUACCCUUCAGUGUCCAGUUAAUUCUUACUGUCUGUCCACUGUUACAGAUUGUGUUGACCAACUAAUUCCAACCUCCCACACAGUGUCCCAGAAUAUUCCCAUUGCCCGGAGUCAUCAUAACAUACUAGAGCCUUAGAAAACGGCCUUUGUACAUAUAGCUGGGAAGCAGGGCUGUCCACUGUAACGCUGUUGAACAGACAGCACAGGGUGAGAGGGACCGGACAGAGUCUGUCUCUAAGAACUCUGUCAUCAAUGUUACUAUUAUUUAUUUGUGUCACACAUCUUAUGAGAAAAUGUGAAUCAAUAUUGGUUUUUAAUCAUGCUUUAAAAAAGUACUGAAUAAGGAAUAUUACUGUAUUUGCACUGUCAAUGUUCUUUUGGGCAAGCACUAAACUGUCCCAAGUGUCUAGUUGUCUGCAUGUCUAAGUAAUAGAAUGAGAAACAUUAGGUACACAAUAGUACACAUGUUACAGUUAACAAAGACCAAGAGUCCCUGGGAGUUGAAUCAGUUGGUAAAUCUGAUACUCUGAAUCUACUUUUUAUUGAAUGUUCAUCACUGUAUUUAAUACUGUACGUCUCCAAAUAUUGGAUUGAAACUACUCCUGACUACAUGAUUAAUCUUUACUGAUGAAGGUAGCUGCCUCAUGUCUUCUUUUGUUUUAUGUCACAGUAAUAUGCCCUUCAUUGGUCUGCUGUCUUACAAUCUAAUGUUCUCGAAAUCAUUUUAUGCUUUAUAUAAUGUGAAAAAGCAGCUGUGCUUUUGCCAGUUCCAUAAUCAACAACCUUCAAACAUGGGUACAUGGGUAUUGACCAGCACAGCAGUCAGUCUCAAAAUGUCAAUCAUUCCAGUCUGUCUCCAUGGAAACUAGACAGAGUUCUACAGUUAGACCUUGGUCUCUAGUGUGACCCAUUGUCUGCUGUUUUCUGUUCUGUCUUUCAAACAAGAAUCUGAUUUUGACCUGGGAAACCAGGUUUGUGCACCUUGUGAGAAAUCAAUUUCCUGGAAAAAGAAAACAGACCUCAAGUCCCUUACUCUCGGAGGACCAUUGUUGUCCAACUACAGUCUGGUAGAAUUGGACUGUAGUCAGGCACACAGUUCCAUUAUUUUAUUUUGGACUCCGCAGAUUGUUCCUUUUGUCAGAAUAUUCCAACAUGCAACUCUGGAAUGGGCUUUUCUCAGUCUUGCUCAUUAGACCUCUACUUAACUUACUCUCAGUAAUAUGAAUAGGGAGGCAGUCAGUUUCCUCUGAAGAGUGCCCACAGGCGGGUGCUGUGGCUCCGCUACUCUCAGUAAUGUGAAUAGGGAGGCAGUCAGUUUCCUCUGAAGUGACCACAGGCGAGUGCUGUGGCUCCGCUACUCUCAGUAAUGUGAAUAGGGAGGCAGUGAGUUUCCUCUGAAGAGUGACCACAGGCGGGUGCUGUGGCUCCGCUACUCUCAGGUCGGCAGUAUGAGUGGCAGGUCUGGGUGUUGAGUCGGACUAUUCCCCCAGACAAAACACAGUACAGUACCUUUUGUACUUAACUGUGAGGAGACCCAUUAUACAUGGGUCUACAAGUUAUAUGUGGCUCACUGAAUACCCCCCCGGCCCCCAUUGUAUGUAAAUUGUGUGGAACUGGGCAGAUCCAGCUGUUUAGAAAUGCUUAAGCAGUCCCACUCCCUGUGUAUUUAUUUCCCACUGGUUUUCACUUUCUUUCCCUCUGCAUAAUCUGGUUUUGGUUUUUGAUGAUGAUCCUCACUAUGUAUAAGCCACGGAUGGCUGGAUGCUGUCCAAGGUUGCCCACUAUUCACUAUUCACCCACUAUCCCACUAUUAAGGAAUACCUAGGAUAGGAUAAAGUAAUCCUUCUCACCCCCCCCCCUUAAAAUAUUUAGAUGCACUAUUGUAAAGUGGUUGUUCCACUGGAUGUCAUAAGGUGAAUGCACCAAUUUGUAAGUCGCUCUGGAUAAGAGCGUCUGCUAAAUGACUUAAAUGUAAAUGUAAAUGUAAUCCCACUAUUAUUUCCCUUAAUUCACCUAAUCUGUGGUGCAUCAUUGUCUCUAGAGCAUAUCUCUGAUAUAACUCCUCUGCUUCAUACCAGGCUUUCAAAAAAUGUCCUAGCUUGCAUAGCACCUGUGACAGUCAUGUUUGCAUGCGUUUUCUGUAGGCGCUAACAAUAACCAUAGGAUUUGGCUUGGUCAAUAAGAGGACUGCUGGACCUCUACAAAACCUGCUAAUCUCGUGGGCCCAUUUUGGAAUGGAAAAGAUUUGCCUGGAUUUGGUCAGAUAAACCUGAGUCUAUUUUUAAAAGCAAACGACAGCCCUUCCAAAACGAAAUGUUUUGGCUGACUUGGUUUCCCUGAGGGUAGAGGGUGCUACCAAAGAUGUUCUUGCCAAAGCGUGGAUAAAUUGAUGCUGGCAGUUGAAUGAUUUUUACAUUUCUAACACAUCUUGUGAUACUGUUGAUGUGUAUGUGUGCCAUCUGGUUUUUGACUUCCAACUAACCCAAUUCAUCUUCAUAAGAAGCAUUAAAAUGUGGGUCAAAAAGCAAA